UUUAAACACAUGCAAACACACACAGAGACAUUUAUGUAAUUACCAAAAGAGGCAGAGCCAACCGCAGCUCCGGUUCUGCCUGUCACUCCACCCUCCUGGUCCCAUAAAUUCAUGUAGCAGGUGCCCGUGUUUUUUAAUGGGAAAGGCGCACUGACAAAAUCACACGGAUGUAUUUGGUCAAGAGAUUUUUUGGUCAACAACAGUUCCUUGGUGCUGUUUUGAUGUGCUCGAGUGCUUCAGAUCCUCCAGGCUCUUAUCAGACAACAUGGCACACCAUAACCACCCACUACCUACGCAGCUCUGUAGACCCACUGACCCCGUACCAAAGGGCACACCAACGGUCCAGGGCUACGACUUUAACCAAGGAAUCGACCACCACGCCCUGCUGCAGUCCUUUCUCAACACAGGCUACCAGGCUUCCCACUUUGGCAGAGCUGUCAUGGAGAUUAACAACAUGAUAAAAAAGCGUCAGCAACCAGGGAACCUGGUGAAUGGAAUAAAUCAGGAGGAUCCAUCCACCUGCCCGUGCCUCAGGGGCUGCACCAUCUUCCUCGGUUACACGUCAAAUCUCAUCAGCUGUGGAGUCAGGGAGAAUAUCCGCUACCUCGCUGAACACCAAAUGGUGGAUGUCUUGGUGACCACAGCUGGCGGUAUAGAGGAGGACCUGAUCAAGUGUAUGGGCCCGAUUUACAUGGGAGACUUUACCCUGCCUGGCAAGGAUCUGUACGGAAAAGGCCUUAACAGGCAAGGAAAUGUUCUGAUGCCUGAUGAAAACUAUAAUAUAUUUAAUGAAUGGAUGACACCGAUCCUGACGAAGAUGUUGUGGGAGCAGAACAAUCAGGGCGUUCACUGGACUCCAUCUAAGGUGAUCCGUCGACUGGGCAAGGAGAUCAACAACCCUGAAUCUGUUUACUACUGGGCCUACAAGAAUAAUGUCCCGGUGUUCUGCCCUGCCCUGACAGACGGAGCUCUAGGAGAUAUCCUCUACCUCUUCUCAAUGAAGAACCCGGGCUUGAUAGUCGACAUAGUUGAAGAUGUUACAAACCUGUACCAACUCGUAGCAGCUGCCAACAGCACAGGGAUGAUCGCCCUGGGAGGAGGCAUAGCCAAACACCACAUAUGCAACGCCAACUCCUGGAGGGAUGGAGUUGACCACGCGGUGUAUGUGAACACGGCUCAGGAGUUUGAUGGUUGUGACUCAGGGGCCAGACCUGAUGAGGCUGUGUCCUGGGGCAAGAUCAGUGUAGAUGCGAGACCAGUGAAGGUGUGCGGAGAUGCUUCUAUAAUCUUCCCCUUACUAGUGGCAGAAACCUUUGCGGUUCAUGUUAACGCAAUUGCUGGCCAGAAAAAACAAUGAGAUCAAGGCUUCCUCCAAACUUUUAUUAAUGGCAGUAGCACUUUUUUUUAAUCAUCUCUCUGUCUCUUUUACAGAUGUUUGGUUUGACAGAAAUAUUUAAAGUUGUCAUGGUAGACUUUUUGCCUUUUUUUAUUUCAGGAAAAUACUUUUUUUCUGACUCCACCUGCUUGAGGGGCAGUUUCAUAUGAAUGCUUUCGUGUGCUUAGUUUCUCAGUUGCCACUCCUGUUCGUCUGGAUACUGUACAAACAGCUACCAAUCAGGAACUCCUCUGCCACAAGAAAUAUUUAAACACAUCAAUCAUUUUACUCAACCCGAUCUGGCUUCAGAGUGCAGGCAAGUUUAUGGCGUCAUUGGGUUGGCACGGUCUCAUAACUUGUGUUUUGUUGAGUUGGGUCCAUAGAACAGUGUUCCACAACCACCUGCCUCUGUACCUGCACCCACAAACUCAACUCGGCCUUCCAAAGCUAGCUGACAUCAGCUUCUGAGGCUACAUCCACACUAAUGCAUUUUGUUUUUAAUAGCACCUUAAAUAAAGGACUGUAUCAUUUUCCCUCGUC